CAACUAGCUAGCUGCACCCCACUCUCCUUCAUCUUCUUAUAAGAAGCCUUUUAGAGCCAACUCAAACUCAAACUCAAACUCAAAUUAAAACCAAAACAUUUACAUUUGCACUAGUUCCUUAGAUCUCAAAGCCUUACAAUGGCAUCAGGAUCACUGUCACGUAGCUCAGGUUCAUCUUGGACAACCAAGCAGAACAAAAUGUUCGAACGUGCACUGGCCGUGUUUGACAAGGACACACCGGACCGAUGGCAGAACGUCGCCCGUGCCGUCGAGGGGAAGUCUGCCGAAGAAGUUAAGCGACACUAUGAGCUCCUCAUUGAGGACCUCAACCACAUUGAGUCUGGCCAAGUUCCAUUCCCCACCUACAAGUCUCCUGCUUCUUCCCGUGUCACUAAUGAAGAGCAGAGGUUGAGGUAUAUGAAGCUUCAGUGAAGCAAGAGAUCUAAUGAAGGUGAAGUAUAAUCAUUGGUUCUCUGUCUAAUGGUCUAGCAUGAAAUUAAGAAUGCCUAUGAAGCAGUUUUAAGAAGGAAUUGAACAAAAUUAAGAAAGAAAAAAAUAUAUAUCUUGGUUUCUCCUCUAUCUACUUGUACAUGUAUUUAAAGUCACCCAAUUUAGAUAUGUGAUUGGGUUUCUCUUUAUAUUUGGUAGGCUUAUUGCCUUAGUGGAUGUCAGAAGUUGGCUAUUUAUUAUGUAGUUGUGGAACUAAUGGAUGAAAUGAAUGAAUCAUUAUUGUGCUCAUUUUUUUUC